AUGAACAAACACUUCUUGUGGUUCUUCCUCCUCUUCUGCCUCGGUGCGGCAGCGAAAUCACUGAAGUGCAUCACAUGCCACCUCCACACCCAGCCAGAUCGCUGUAGAAGAGGCUUUGGUGUCUGUAUUGCUCAGAAGCACGAGUCAUGCAUGAUCUUACAGAUCUUCCAGGAUAAAGCUCUUCAGUUAACAUAUAUGGUGUGUCAGCAGUUCUGCAGAGACUUGACAUUUGAUUUCAACAAUCGGACUUAUGUUCAUAAAUGCUGCGACUACAGUUACUGUAACUACGAUAUGUAA